AUAAAAGAUCGAGACGCUUGACGAUCUAGUACUAGUAGAAAACAUCGGGAAACCCCCUCCCCGUGUCGUUCCAACCACCCCAAGGGCCGCCACUCCCACCGUACCGCGGCAAUGCCGACGCCGCGAAACCGGAAGGUCCCUGCCCCUGCCCCGCCGCGCCGGCCGCCUCCCCGCCUGGAGUACCGCGCAAAGGACGGCGCGUGGUACGGCGCGCGCAUGGCGCUGCAGGGCGACUCGCUGCGCGUCAUGUUCGAGGAAUUCCGCGAGGAGUUCGACGAGUGGCACGACCCAGACGCGGACGACCUCGCCUCCCCGGGCGACGUGGCCGCGCUCCGCGCCAGGUUCCGCCCGGCGAGCCCGCCCCUCGAGGACGCCCGCUGCGGCGACCUCCGCCGCGGCCAGCCGCUCUGCGUCCUCCGCGCCAUGCCCGACGGCGAGCGCAAGUACUACGACGCCGUCCUCGAUUCCGUGAAAAGAGCGGCUCACGUCACCGUGGGCGGCGAGGAGCGGUGCGCGUGCCGCUUCACGGUGCGGUGGACGGACGGGCCGUUCCGCGGCGGCUUCGACGAAGUCGGCGUCGACGAGGUCUGCUGCGUGCGGGACUCGCCGGUCAACGACCCGGUGCUGAGCGAGUUCCUGGACCGCGUGACGAGGUCGUUCGGCUUCUGCGACGGCGAGGAGAACGCGAAGGCGGCGCAGGACUCGCCGGUCCAGGACCCGCGGCUGAACGGGUUCCUGGACCGCGUGACGAAGUCCUUCGGCUUCUGCAACGGCGAGGAGAAACCGAAGGCGGCGGCGUCUCAGGGUACCGGGGCCACGCCGGCCCCGGGCAGCGAGCAGAGCGCGACGGCGGCGCCUCAGGCGAGCGGGGCCACGUCGCUCUGGGGCGGCGAGGGGGGGACUGCCUUCAUAAUCAUCGACUAGGUGUCGCGGCCUGCACUGCAUUCCUGCGCUUCUGUUUCGAUGUAUCCAUGUGCCUGCCCUGCUCGACGAUUGGUAGAGGGUAUUUUGUGCCUUUGCGUUGCUUCAUUCAGUUACUGUCUUUGUCUUCCA